CUUCCGGCGUACAUCUCUGCCUUGCACCAUCCAUCACUUCCGCCAGCUAUCAUGGCCGCCUCUAGCGUUUCCAAUGGUAGCGGCCAGUCCUUGGCGCGCAUCGCCAUCGACCGUGGCGGCACUUUCACUGACGCGAUCUGCUCCCGUAGAGGUCACGACGACAUCGUGCUCAAGCUCCUCUCGGUUGACCCUGCCAACUACCCAGAUGCGCCCACUGAAGCCAUCCGCCGCAUCCUCAGCGAGCUCGAAGGACGUGAGAUACCCAAGGGCACCAAGCUGAGCCUCGAUAAGAUCGAAAGCGUCCGCAUGGGAACCACUGUCUCUACCAACGCGCUCCUCGAGCGCCGGGGUGAGAAGUGUGCUCUUAUCACAAGCAAGGGUUGGAAGGAUGUGCUCUUGAUCGGCAUGCAAGCUCGUCCAGACAUCUUCGACCUGAGCAUUCACAAGCUCGCAUUUCUCUACGACGAGGUCGUUGAGAUUGACGAGCGGAUUACCCCUCUUCAGUCCCUGGUUCGGCCAAAGGUCCCAAUUCCCAUGAACGACGAUACUAUUGUCACUGAGACGACGACAGGUGAAACCGUGCGCGUUCUUGCCCGCCCCGACCCGGCAGAUGUCAAGGCUAAGCUCCAAACACUGUGGGACAAGGGCACAAAAAGUAUCGCGGUCGCCUUCGUGCACAGCUACCUGUGGGGCGAGCACGAAGAGCUGGUUGCCAAUAUUGCCCGCGACAUGGGCUUCCAAGUCAGCGUCUCCAGCCAGCUGCAGCCUAUGAUCAAGUUGGUGUCGCGUGCCAACUCAGCCAUUGCCGACGCGUACCUCACACCCGUGACGAGAAGGUACAUCGAAGGCUUUGGCUCCGGCUUCGAGGGCGGUCUCGACGCUUUCGGUUCCAAGCUUCUUUUCAUGCAGUCGGACGGUGGACUGUGCCCAUGGCACGGCUUCUCCGGUCUGCGCGCAAUUCUCAGUGGCCCCGCGGGUGGUGUCGUUGGCUACUCUAAGACCUGCUACGAUGAGGAGCGGGGAAGCCCCUUGAUUGCGGUCGACAUGGGCGGCACCAGCACCGAUGUCUCCCGCUUCGAUGGCAAGCUGGAACAUGUCUUCGAGACUACCACCGCUGAGGUAAUCAUCCAGGCGCCUCAGCUUGACAUUAACACCGUUGCCGCCGGAGGUGGUAGCCGUUUGUUCUACCGCCACGGCAUGUUCGUUGUUGGACCAGAGUCCGCUACUGCCCACCCUGGCCCUGCCUGUUAUCGCAAGGGAGGCCCGCUUGCCGUCACCGACGCCAAUCUCAUUCUCGGUCGCCUUCUGCCGGAACACUUCCCUAAGAUCUUCGGCCCCAACGAGGACGAGCCUCUUGACAUCGAGGCCAGCCAGAAGCUCUUUAGCGCUCUCACGGAGGAGAUCAAUCAGGGCAAGAACGAGAAGCUCACGAUGGAGCAGGUUGCGGCUGGCUUCCUUCGGGUAGCUAACGAGACCAUGUGUCGCCCCAUCCGAACGCUGACUGAGGCUCGUGGUUUCGAGAGCUCCGCACACCACCUCGUCAUGUUUGGCGGUGCCGGAGGCCAGCAUGGCUGUAGCAUUGCCAACACCUUGAAGAUCAAGCGCAUCAUUGUGCCGCGUCUCUCGUCUCUGCUCUCAGCGUACGGCAUGGCGCUCGCUGACGUUGUGCAAGAGGUAUCUGAACCGUCUGCGUACAUUAUCACCGACAACCGCGACGUGAAGAAGAUCGGCGAUCGCAUGGCGCACCUUGUGGAUCGCGCACAAGCUUCGCUGAAGAAGGAGGGCUUUUCGUUGGAUCGCAUUCAGUGCGAGCGCUACCUCAACUGUCGCUACCACGGGUCGUCCACUCAGCUCAUGAUCGAGCUUCCAGAGGAUGGUGACAUACAGCGUCGAUUUGUUGACGAACAUCGUCGCGAGUUCGGGUUCAACCUUGACCGCGAUAUUUUGGUUGACGACGUCCGUGUGCGUGCUAUCGGCCAAAGUGUCGGUUCGACCACCCGCAGUCCUUACGCCGACUUUGACAGCGCCAACAAGCGCGAGUUCAAUGCCUCAUCGUUUGAGUCUAAGAAGGUGUACUUUGAGGACCAGGGCUGGCUUGAGACCAAGGUUGUUCCUCUUCUCGCCCUCAAGGAAGGCGAACAGGUUCACGGCCCUGCUAUCAUAUUCGACAAGACUCAGACCAUUCUCGUUGAGCCAAACCAUAUCGCUACGUCUCUGCCUGAGCACGUUGUUCUCGACUUGGUCGAUGAGAAGAUCGAGAAGAAGGAGGCCAACUUGAACGACCUCGAGCAGGUUGAUCCCGUUCAGCUUUCCGUGUAUGGUCAUCGCCUUAUGGGGAUAGCCGAGCAGAUGGGCAACAUCCUGCGCAAAAUCUCGAUUUCGCUGAACAUCAAGGAGCGCCUCGACUAUUCAUGCGCAAUCUUCAACGUAGAUGGCGGCCUUGUGGCUAAUGCCCCUCACAUUCCCAUCCAUUUGGGUGCAAUGUCGCACGCUGUCCGCUACCAAGCCCAAGUCCAUGGCGACACUCUCAAGGAGGGUGACAUUCUGCUGUCCAACCACCCUGUGGCUGGCGGCUCUCACCUUCCCGAUCUCACAGUCAUCAUGCCAGCAUUCCACGAAGGAAAGAUUGUCUUCUGGACAGCCGCCCGUGCCCACCACGCGGACAUCGGUGGUAUUCGUGCCGGUUCAAUGCCACCUUUUUCAAAGGAGCUUUGGGAAGAGGGCGCGCAGUUCAAGUCCUUCAAGCUGGUCAAGGCCGGCAAGUUCGACGAGGAGGGUUUGACGGAAGCUUUGAAUGCGCCGGGCAAGUAUCCUGGCAGCAGCCCCACGCGCACUCUCGGAGACAAUAUUUCAGAUCUUCACGCUCAGGUGGCUGCUUGCCACCGCGGCGUCGUACUCAUCAACCAGCUCAUUAACGAACAAUCGCUGGAAACGGUGCAGUUCUACAUGCGCGCAAUCAUGUACACAGCCGAGAAGGCCGUGCGGGAUCUUCUCCGUGAGGUCAACAAGAAGUUCGGGGGCCAGCCGCUCGAAGCUGUUGAUUUCUUGGACGAUGGCACGAAGCUGCAGCUUAAGAUUUCGAUCGACAGCGAGAAAGGCGACGCCGUCUUCGACUUCACCGGAACCAGCCCUCAGACGUACAACAAUCUGAACACGCCGACGGCCAUCCUCUACUCUGCCAUUAUCUACGUUCUGCGCUCCUUGAUCGUCAGCGAACUGCCACUCAAUCAGGGAUGUCUCAAUCCUAUUCAGGUCAUCGUCCCUCCUGAGUCAGUGCUCGCCCCCACGGAGAACGUCGCUGUUUGUGCUGGUAAUGUGGAAAGCUCUCAACGUGUGACGGACGUCAUCAUCAAGGCCUUCCAAGCCUGCGCCGCGGGACAGGGUGGUUGUAACAACCUCACGUUCGGUAUUGGGCCAAAGGAGGUGGACGGAAAGACAGCCAACGGCUUCGGCUACUACGAGACAAUUGCAGGUGGAGCUGGCGCCGGUCCUACGUGGGAGGGCCAGAGCUGUGUUCACGUCCACAUGACUAAUACCGCUAUCGGUGAUGUUGAGCUCACCGAGCGCGUCUACCCCGUAAUUAUCCGGGAGUUCAGCCGCCGUGCGAACUCUGGCGGCGCUGGCCAGCACCGUGGCGGUGAUGGGUGCAUCCGCGACAUUGAGUUCACGGAGUCGCUGGACGUGGCUAUUUUGUCACAGCGUCGAGUUAUCCCGCCAUACGGCAUGGCUGGAGGUGAGCCCGGCACUUGCGGUAUCAACCAUUGGGCGCGCUUGGUUCCCGCCGAGGAUGAGGAUGGCAAGAGCAACGGGAAGCGAAAGAAAAAGUACACCAUCAUCAACCUGGGCGGAAGCAACCAAUGCACCAUGGCGGCGGGCGACCGCAUCAUCAUUCAGACGCCAGGCGGCGGUGGGUAUGGAAAGGCUGGUGAGGUUCCGAGCACCGAGCAGCGCGAUCUGCCCGUGCAGCCGCGGGCGUCGGGAAGCCUGGCCGCGUUGAAGCAGGCGGCAUGGUCUAACUGAUGUAUCGUUAGGUCGGACAAUCCUUGUUGAGAGUAUCGGAAGUACAGCGUGAGAUAUGCAUUACAACUUGCUGCAUGA